ACUCAGAAGGCUAGGCCUGACCAAUUUGUCAUAUAUAUAUAUAGCUGGUGAAAUCUUAAUUUCCUUCUCUCCAUUGUUGGACGAAGAUGUGAAUAUCGCCAGGCAGCUACUUGAGUUCUAAUGAAGAACAAAGAUAGUACUUCUGCGAUCAACAUAGAUGCGAAAUGGGAAAGAAAAUUAGAAAAUAAUGCAAUCUACCAAGCUCCGAGGCGAGUUAAGCAUCAAAAUCCAACAAUCUUUAAAGUCUUGAAUGUUUUUCGAGAUGUCGAGCCUGGUGCCUAUGAUCCGAUGAUUGUCUCACUCGGACCUUACCACCAUCACCAGCCUCGCCUUCAAGCCACGAAUCAGCUCAAGCGGCUCUUGCUCAACAAAUUGUUGGAAAAGGGUCAUGAAAAAAGUCUGAGGAACUAUCUCAUACUUAUCAAGGAAAAUGAAACCAAAGUGCGAAGGACUUACUCAGAGGCACCGAUCGACAUGUGCGAAGAACAAUUCGUCGAGAUGAUGUUGCUGGACUCUGUGUUUGUCAUCAUGAUCUUGUGGUUUUGGAAGAAUGAGGGAUUGGAAGCUAUAGAAGACCCAAUCUUUAGGAGCGGACAACGAAUUUUGAUAUUAUUGGCACGAGACAUGUUGCUAGUGGAGAAUCAACUGCCCUUCUUUUUGCUUGAGGCUUUGUUUGACAAAGCAUUCCCCGAUAAAUGCGGCAAGCUAAAAUCAUGGAUAAGUCAAUUCUUCAGUAGAUUUAUGGGUAAUGAGCACACAUUACUCAAUCUUUAUAAUGUAACAAUUCACCACAUCCUCCAUCUUCUUUAUUCAUGUAAUAUUGUGCCAUUAAUCACAAGUAUUGAUGUUGUUGCUCCAACGGUGCUUGAGGACCUGAGGUUGGGACGGGUCCCAAGUGUGACUCAAUUGGAGGUGACAAGAAUAAAGAUCAAGAGGAAACAAAAGGCAACUACUUUCUUAGAUAUCACCUUCAAGAAAGGGGUUCUAGAGAUCCCCCAGAUCGAGAUUGACGACGACACUAACGUUCUCUUUAGGAACCUCAUUGCAUUUGAGCAGUGCCAAAAUAACCCCAUUUGCAAUGCCAUUUCGACCUAUGUCUGGUUCCUGUCUUGCAUCGCUGAAACUGUCGCAGACGUCGAACUACUCCAGCGGAAAGCCAUCAUCAUCAACAGGCUUGGGAGUAAAAAGGAAGUAGUCAAGCUCUUCAGAAAGCUCUGCAAGGAGGUGGUGGUCGACAUCCAAAACUGCUACAUUUCGAGCGUCUUCAAGGAGAUAGCGCGAUAUCAACAAAUGAAAUACGUGGUAUGUAGAUGUGCAUCACAGAUGCGAUGCUUUUCUAAAUCCUUGGUCAUGUCACUAGUUUGCUCCUUGUCAUUGCAAUAAUGCAAUUAGCCUUACUAGUGUUUCAUUGUAAAUGACAAUAUUUUUGUAAAUAGGAAGUAUUAUUAAGUCUCUUGUAAAGCUAAAUAGUUCUUAUUGUGCUAUAAUUUGUAAGAGAUAAAGUGCGA